AUGGAACCGAAAUCGUCACUCAAGCUCGGAGAGCUUACGACCAACCAGCGCGGCGGCAAGGUCUUCCCUGCAAGUGCUCAGGCCUGGCAAUUUCAGGAAUGGACGCGAAUACUCUGGCACCCUAGCCCCUAUGGGAGCGAGGAGGCCCGACGCAUCUCUCUUUGCCUCGAGCCAAACGAGGCCGCGGUGGCGGACCUGAAGGCACUGGAGGAGGAUGUCAAGAGACAACUGACGCGGCGGAGCCUUGAUGACGCGAAGAUCUUCGGCCGACACCUUGCCGCGUCAGAUGUGGAAGCCCGCUUCGUCUCCUGCUUGAAGACGUCGGCGCGCGGAAACAGCUUCAUCAAGUUAAAGGUCGACCUGUCCCGAGUCAACUUCUGGGAUGCAGAGCAGCAGCCCCUGGAGGAACCCGGCAACUUGGCCGGCCGGGAGUGCAAGCUGCGCGCCGAGCUGAAGCAGGUUUGGCUGAUGAGCGGACAGUGCGGCUUGCUCGUCGAAGUGACCGAUCUCAUGCUAAAGGAAGAGCUGCCCCGGCAGUGCCCCUUCUGA